AUGGUUGCAAUGUCUAAAAUAGCAAUUAAAGCGAAAAUAAGAACCAGGCUUAAUUGUAUUGAACGAAAUGUUGUUAAGCAUUUAAGUGCUGAGAAAGUUAAACGAAUAAAAGAGCAUAUUAUCAAACAACUCAAUUUAGAAGAUUCUGAAUCUUAUUCUACUGGAAUUGUAAAACCCACACUAUACACAAAAGAUUUUUUUAAUAAAUAA